AUGCCUGCGUCGGCGGCGCAUAACUUCAGCAGUAGGCGGUCUUAUGUCUCGCCUGCGGCUUCCGCUGGCGCGCAGUUUCCGCCGGCGGCUUCCCCAGGGGUGCAGUUUCCGCCAGCGGCGCAGCCGGAGGUGAUGCGCGCCGCGGAGAAGGACGAACUGUACGCGGCGUCGCUGGGCGACAUGUGUCACGACGCGAUUGGCUCGCAGCUCGGCCACCGCGUCGCGGGCCAAUGGGGCGGCCCGAUCCGCGUGGCGGCGCGGUGCCUUUAUUACAUCGUGACCACCGGCGCCGGCAGCAGGACUCUAGGCGAGGAGUAUUGCGACAUAGUGCAGGUAUCAGGCCGCUACAAUCUCCCCCCCACCCCGGCCCGGCGCCUCUCCCUUGUGCUGCUGCACUCCCUCCUCCCGGCUGUAGCGGCUCACAUCAGCGCCCGCGCUGCUGCCAGGGGAAGGGCGAUUGCAGCAGCAGGGGAGGGGGGAGUGGGGGAGGGAGGAGUAGGGGAAGGGGGCACACGGGGGACAACAGGCGGAGGGGGGAGAGGGGGAGCAGGAGGAAGCGGCGAUGGGACGACACUUGCAGGGGCGGAAGGGGCACGUCACAGCCACACAUCCAGCCUUAGGGGGAGAGAGGAGAGCGCAAUAGAGGGGGGUUCAAUAGAGGGAGGAGGCUUGGAAGCAGCACGUGUGAGCGGUGGGAGGGGGUUGGGAUGGGUGGCAGCUGUGGCGGCAGGGUGGCACUGGGUGGGCCGUGUGAGGGAGCGAGUGAGGGAGCGAGUGAGGGAGGUGGGGAGGAGGGCGCUGGUGGUGUGGGCGGGGGUGGCAGCGCGAGGGGGGGAUGUGCUGAUGCUGCUGGGGAGGGCGCAUCUGCUGCUCUUCUACUGGCACGGGGCUUAUCUGCAUGUAGCUAAGAGACCACCCGCCUAUUCCCCCAGGUACCACAUGCUCGCAUUCUUCCUCUUCAUUCAGCUUGCCAUCCUCUCCUCUGAUUGGCUGCGCCGUUCUCUGCUGCAACAAAGAUCCCUGGCACAUCCCCUACCACUAACAGCCACAGCGGCUGAUACUCCAGCUAAUUCCAGCAAGGGGUGGGGCGAAGGGGAAGAGACGUCACAAGAGGCUGAGGGGGAGGCGGACAGGGAAAGUGAGGCGAGUGGUCGGUGCUCCCUGUGCCUUGCCGCUCGCUCCCACCCCACCUGCUGCCCCUGCGGUCACAUCUUUUGCUGGGGGUGCAUUGCAGAGUGGUGCAACGAGAAACCCGAGUGCCCUCUCUGCCGCUCCCCAGCACCACAUUCCUCCCUUGUUCCACUGCACCACGCUGCCUUUUAA